GGGCCAGAGCGCGGGGAGUCUGGGGAGGGGGAAGCGCCCGACGGCCGCCUCCGCCACUGCAGCUGCAGCCCUCGAUGUCGCCACAGUGAUCUCAGCCGCGGCACCACCCGCACCCUCGCCGGCCGCAGCCUCAGCACCGCAGAGCCGAGCCCGGAGCCCGCAGCCCCGCAGGAUGGCUUUAGCUCCUCCAAGUUACUGUUUUGUGGCCUUCCCACCACGUGCGAAGGACGGUCUGGUGGUAUUUGGGAAAAAUUCAGCUCGGCCCAGGGAUGAAGUGCAAGAGAUUGUGUAUUUCUCGGCAGCUGAUCAUGAACCCGAGAGCAAGGCUGAGUGCACUUACAUUUCAAUCGACCAAGUUCCCAGGACCCAUGCCAUCGUGAUAAGCAGACCUGCCUGGCUUUGGGGGGCAGAAAUGGGAGCCAAUGAACAUGGAGUGUGCAUAGCCAAUGAAGCCAUCAAUGCCAGAGAACCAGCCGCUGAAACGGAAGCCUUACUGGGGAUGGAUCUGGUCAGGCUUGGUUUAGAGAGAGGGGCAACAGCUAAAGAAGCCUUAGAUGUCAUCGUCGCCUUGUUGGAAGAAUAUGGACAAGGCGGGAAUUAUUAUGAAGAUGCAAACUCCUACCACAGCUUCCAAAGUGCAUAUCUGAUCGUGGACAGUGGGGAAGCCUGGGUGCUGGAGACCGUGGGGAAGUACUGGGCUGCGGAGAGAAUCACAGAGGGAGUCAAGUGCAUUUGCAAUCAGCUUUCGCUCAUGACCAAGAUCGACGCAGAGCAUCCUGAACUCAGGAGUUACGCUCAGAGUCAAGGCUGGUGGACGGGAGAGGACGAGUUCAAUUUUUCUGAAGUUUUUUCUCCAGCUGAUGACCAUCUAGCCUGCUGUUCAGGCAAAGACAGCUUAGAAAAGCAAGAAGAAAGCAUCACUGUGCAGACUAUGAUUGACAUCUUACGGGACAAAGCCAGUGGAGUCUGUAUAGACUCCGAGUCUUUCCUUACCACAGCCAGUGUAGUGUCUGUCCUGCCUCAGAACAGAAGCUCGCCAUGCAUUCACUACUUCACUGGGACCCCAGAUCCUUCCAGGUCCAUAUUCAAGCCUUUCAUCUUUGUCGACGAUGUAAAACUCGUCCCCAAAGCACAGUCUCCCUGUUUCGGAGACGACGACCCUGCCAAAAAGGAGCCUCGGUUCCAGGAGAAGCCAGACCGCCGCCACGAGCUGUACAAGGCCCACGAGUGGGCCCGGGCGGUCCUGGAGAGUGACGAGGAGCAAGGUCAAAAGCUGAGGAAGACGAUGCUGGAACUAGAGAAGCAAGGUCUGGAAGCCAUGGAGGGAAUCCUGACCAGCAAUGACCCCCUGGACCCCACCGAAGUGGGAGAUCUCUUCUAUGACUGUGUUGACACGGAGAUUAAGUUCUUUAAGUGAAGUAAGCAUUCCCUUUCCCCUUCUUAUUUAAAAUUUCCCACCUUACUAAAUUACCAGCAAAACAAACCGCUCUCCUGUCCGAGUAAAAUGAGAAAGUUCAGAUGUGUUAACGUCACACUGUUCCCUAGUGUUCUGCCUCGGAUCUCACAACGACCCCUUCUUCUGCAACAUAGAUCCCCUCCUUCUGCAGUGUAACAUGUAUCCCAUUUGCCUGUUGUGCGAUUGUAUGACUGAUGGUGGAUUUUAAGCUGCUCUUAUUGUGUUUCAGUGAAAAUGGACACAUUAGCCUUUUCAUGGGGGGACUAGAGUCCAUCAAGCCUUGAAAGACAGGCUCCACUGCGCCGAGUUUGAGGGGAAGGCAAAAUCUUUUGACGUCUUACUCUUUCUCUCAGUAGUGGUUUCUUUCUGGUUAACAAAAGGCAUUUCUUUGGCCCAGGGCUCUUGUGUGUGUGCUCGAGGGAGGCUUCAGGCCUGGCCUCCCUUCUGCUGAGCGCAGGCCUGUAAUGCAGAAUGUCUCCAGCUGUGUCUUCUGAGAGACAAAACAAGUGGGAAGGAAUAAAGGGGGCUCCUCUCCAGGCCCAGCUCCAUCCCGAUUCCUGUGAUCUGAAAGAACCUGUGCACCGCGCUCGUGUGCGGUGGACCCACAGACAGCUUCCCCGUGCCGUGCGAGCUGGAAGCUGCCCACUGUAGAGGUUCAGAGGCAGCUGUGCGUGACGUCCCUGGAUCGCGGCGUGGCUCUCCCAUGAGGCACGGGGCUCUCCCUGCACGGCCACUCACCCGCCGCACGGAUGUGCGUGUGUCUAGAAAUGAUUCUGGGCCUGGUUACCGCCAUCUAGUUUAGGAUUAAUUAAAUGGCCCUGCGGCAGAAGUUCCACCCCAUGAAGCUGCAAAUUUCUCAGCUAAUGAGGGAAAGAAAAGGAGAAACUCUUGGCUGUUUAGAUUCCAGUUAAAGUAGCUGGAAUCUGAGCAGCCACCCCAUUAUCUCAGCAGAGACUUUAAUUAAACUGAUUUGUUUCCCAUGUUGUGGGCGCAUGAAGGAUUUGACUUACCAGCAGAGCCCAGGAAAGCAUGUGAGGAAGACCAGAUGGGCCCAGCACGGGGAAGACAGAGGGCAGGAAGGGGACAGAUGGAUGGAGAAGCAUUCGGCUCCACGGUGACAGUCCCACCCCCGCCCUUCCUACCCAGCCUGUUAUAGCCCCCAAAGCUGUGGAGGAGGCACCUGGCUUUCCCUAAUCCUUCCCUUUAUUCCUCUUGCCCUGCAUGGCCCAUUGGCUGCCUUCAGACCGGUAGCUGAAGUGGGCAGGUGCUGGUGGGGGGUGGGGGGGCGCUUACUUCCAGCUACUGAAACUCUCCACCACUCUUAACAUGGAAGGGGGCAGAGAUACUGAGAAGUGUGUGUGUUAAUACAGCAGUGGGAGGGAGGACAGCGGCUUCAUUAUGCAGCCUCACCUGUCUUCAUCACUGAUAGGCAUUUCCAAAUGGAAAUACUGUGAGUGUCAGUAGUCUUGGAAGUGACUUCGAGUUAGUGACUCCUUGACUUCUAACUUGACUCCUUCAAGUUAGAAAUGCCUUGAUAGGCAUUUCCAAAUGGAAAUACUGUGAGUGUCAGUAGUCUUGGAAGUGACUUCGAGUUAGUGACUCCUUGUCAGCUGCAGUGUAUCAUAUGCCAUGAGAGCUGGAAGGGACUUGGGCCCCAUACACAGACGUGGACACUGAGGGUCACAGGUUUUACUGGAACAAAUCCUUUUUUCUACCAACUCCCCUGUAAGGGUGUAAGCGUAAGAGCACCGUGAGCUUUCUGCCCAGCAGUUCUGCAAAUUCUGUAUGUAAAAUCACUAACUACAAGUGGUGAGAGAUGGGAGGAAUAUUUGUGCUGACAGAGUUAACAGCAGCUGUUCACGGUGACUUGCGGUUGCUGAGUUUUGUCGGGGUUUGGCCUGGGCUCUCACUGUGGGUGAACUUAGGGUGUCCUCUUAGGUGGUGCAGCCACUCAGAGUGUCUGUCUACAGCUGCUGAGUGGGGAAGGGUGAGGCUUGGGGGUGACAUAUGUACCUCAUCCCCUCCCAAGCCCACCUGCUGAGUGCUUAUUUAAAACAAGAUAGUGCAGAAAGCCACUCUAAAAUUUCACCAUGUGGAAUCCUCUCCCCCUAUUAUGGAAACAUUUCAUCAGACCUGGCAUGUCUGAGAUACCCAGGGUGAUUAGGGGUUUGACCAAAAGAAGUCUAGUGAGCAUAAAUUACACAGAGGCCUGCUUUCAUUAUUAUGGGCCAAGCAAAGGUCACGGAUAACCCAGCCAGACUUAUGCCAUUACCCAGCGAUUGUGCAGUGGGAAACAUAAUGGCCACUUCUGUUAGAGACAUUGACCUUAUUCCAGCAACCCAAAGAAGGGCCAACUCUGAGAGGUGUCUUGGCUGACGCUAUACAUCACAGUUGUGAUGCCACUGUCUUACCACUAGAGGGUGUGGCAGUCCUUUCAUGGCAGAAGUUAAAAGGGGCUGGGAUGCUUCCAUCAGGCUGUACAGAGAUGUUCUCUGUACAGUUAAAACCUGAGUAAUAGCGGUGGACAGAUUCUUUGUGCAUUGGGAUGCGAGGGGAAAGACAGGAAGAGAGCAAAGAGCCUGCUGAUGUGGCUAUACUCACUUCUAGUGACAUAUUAACAACUUGAAACAUGUAGUUGGAUUUUGAGUACGCCAUUGCUGGGGGAUGUUUGUUUUUAAAUGCUCCUAACAGACUCUGCUUUUGAAAAAUGCUUAUCAUUACGUGGAUAAUUUCUUGACCAGGGAUUGCUUUUCUAAAGGCAGUAUGGGGAAAAUGAAUAUUCAAGACGAACGAUGAAAAUAAUGUUUAAAGGUUGGCGUGUAAAUAGCUUCCUAAAAUACCAUUUGUGUAUCCAUUAAGACCUGGGGGAGGGGGAGGGGGCUGUGUAUGCCUUGUGCAGAAAGAAGACAUGGCCGUGAAGGACAGAAUCUCUCCCCUAUCCCCGCGCCCCAUAAUCAAACAUAAGCUAGUUAGUCUUGGCUAGUAGAUGGGAUUUACCACUCAUCCUCUGAGGAGGGGCAGAAACUCCAGUAAAAGCAAAUUAGCAAAGCAGAAGUAGUACUCUUUCAUCCUUGGAGGUGGUUUGGAAUUUUAGGUAGACUAAGGAUAUACUUGAAAUUAUGGUAAUUCUUUAGUGCCCAAUAACAUAAGACAGUGUUAUUGUUAGAAAGAGUCUUUCUUAUAAGCUGUCUAAUAGAGAAGGUGUAUGCCUAUUAGAUAUUAGCAGUGAAGUUCCUUCACUAUCGGGUGGAUUAUUAGGUAUAAAAAAUAAUUAUCAACCAGGCAAACUACUUUGCUUCCUGAUGUCAUCCCACAUGGGUCCAGGUGUUACACAGCUCUGCCCAGCCCAGCAGGAAAGCCAGGUGGGACCAGCGUGUCUGUUAUGAAACCACUAACAGCAUUCUUGACUGAGGAGCAGUCAAGUCAUUUCUGGGGAAGGUCUUCAGCUGAGCUCUCAGCUUUUGGGAGGAAGGAGGGAGGGGAACCCACUGAGCUGGCCUUUCUCGUGUGGAGGGGGAGGGGCGGCAGGUCACGUGCACCAGCUGACCCAGCAGUGCCUGUGCUUCCUUGUAGCCCUGGCAUUUCAUUCCAUAGGGUCCUAGGUCCCAACUUCCCCUCCUAUGGUUUGUGUCAAAUGUGCUUUAUCUGAUUGAAUCCAAACAUCCCGAGAUGUCACAUGCCGAUUUCUCGUGGGGAUGAAUACGUACAUGUUUGCAGUCAUGUUGUGAGAAGUCAGAUGUGUGAGCUGGAAAAUGCUAGGGGCAGGGAAUAAUAAAAAGGAAAACCUUUCUGCUUCCUGCAGUGGGAACUGACCGUGUAGUCUUAAUAGCCUUUUGUACACAUAUCUACAGACCAGAUAACUUCCCCAACCAGUGCUUGCCCUUGGAAUUGUCUCUAAAUACAUCAAGCAUACAAUAAAAAAAUACUGAAAUUAAUGUC